UCUCUGCACAUCUCCCUCCUUCUCCUUUUCGCUCUAUCACCCUCCAGUGCUUGCUUAUUUAGGAGGACAUACACAUAUCAAGGGCCUCCUUUUACUCUUCUGAGGCCUAGGGACUGCAAUAUUUCUUAUUUCCCAUCCGGCUGGACAAACCCGCCCACUGUCACUUCGUAGCUCUAUAUAAGCCAGCAAAAAAGGCCUGGUGAUAAGAAGUUGUUUCUGGACAAACCUAGCCAUGCGGUGUAAAGUCCUCUUCUAUGUAGCUUUCCUGACUCUCAUAAAGCAUGGGUCUCCAAAUGAAAUACAGACCAGUCCAAAUACAAAGACAACCCUGCCCUGCUAUGUGACAUUCCCUCUUUCUGUAACGGGUGAUGAAAUAGACAAGUCUCUCAUCAAAGUCAGCUGGACAAGUAACGGCUCUGACAUCGCCUCAUUUAGUGAAGCAGAGACGCAAAUAAAGGACGGCUUCAGAUGGGACACCAGAGAUUUCGUCAAUGGGGACUUUUCACUGACCAUCCCCAGAGCCAGUUCUGACCUGCAGGGGCUAUACGAAUGCAGAGUCAGCUACAACUCUACAACACUGCACUCUAGUAAUGUUAUAAUCAACAACUUUGCUUCUCCUACUCUCUCAGUAUCUCAGCAAUGGGUGGUGUUGGAAACAGAAAGCCAGCUUAAAUGCCGGGCAGAUCGUUUCUAUCCUCCUCCUGUCUUUUUCUCCUGGACUAGAGAUGGUAAAGUGAUUCAAUCUCCCUACCAAGUUGAAGGCGAACAGAGUACAGAUGGGUACUACAUGGCUGAAGGCAACCUGACCAUCUACCCUUCCCGUGAAGACCAGAAUGUGACCUUUGGCUGCAAAGUGUCACACAAUGGAAGCUCUCAAGAGCAGGAUUUCCAACUUAACAUCACUCAUCUCGCUGCUGUAAGACUUUCUGCCUUGCCCUCGGACUCCAACAAUAUUCCUCUCACUCUUUACUGUGACGUGGAGAGUUUCUACCCAGAAGAAGUGACUGUGUCCUGGCUUCAAAAUGACACAGUCCUCCCUGAGCCCCUCACCACUGAGCAGAACCCAGAUGGGACCUACAGAACCAGACGCUAUUACACUUUGAGCCCCGAGCAGAGGGAGCAAAGUGGGAAGGUGGAGUGUGUAGUUAAACAACCUGGGGUAGUGCAUCCAGUCACUGGCUUAGGGUACCUGGAGAAACUCGACCCCCAAGAUGAGCCUCCGGUGUUAAACAAAUCUGCCAAAGCAUCAGUGGCUAUGAUGUGUAUUUCUCUGGUACUGGUCUUCUUGCUGUGCUUUGGCUUUUCAUGGAGGAGGAGGGAUGAGAAACAGAAGUCUCUGAACGUGUCAGGCAUCAUCCUCCCCCCACGUGUGAUUGUAGGCCAAAAGGGCAGGGUGACAGUGAGCAUUGAGGGCAGGAGGGUGGACCGAGUCCAGACUGCAUGGUUCCUCAAUGACACCCCUAUCUCUGACACUUCACUCACAGGAACCUCCAAAGCUAACUUUAACUGCCUUUAUAACCCCUUAACCACCAUCCAUCUGCCCUAUGGUUUAACUCUCACCUCCCCAGUGUCAGAGAAAGGUCCUCUGCUGGCCUCCAGAGGCGAGAUGGGUUACUACAAGCUUCACACACAAGGGCCACUGCACUCAUCAGGAAGUGGGAUUCAACAGCUGAUCUCCUCGCUCACCUUCAUCCCCCAGAUUUCAGUCCACAAGGCAGCGGUGUUUAAGUGUCAGGUGUCCUACGCAGGCAAAGAUAAGAUUGUGAUGGAGAGGGUGUCAGAGAAGUUCACAAUUCUGUCUGCUCCAGAAGUGUCAGAAAUUCAGCUUGCAGAGACACAAAAUGACUCAGAGGUCAUCAGCAUGACAGUACGGGCAUCACAUUUCCAUCCGGACGUCAUUACCUUCCGGUGGUUCUGCCAGGGGGGUGAGCUGAGCCCUGUGGCCUCCCAGGCCUCAUCCUCCCCUCGGCCCAAUUCUGAAGGCUUUUUUUCAGCCUCCAGCCAAUGCAAGCUGCCCCGGAGUGAACUGGAAAAGGGAGGCACUAAAGUGUGGGUCAGUGUCCAUCACAUUGCCCUGAAGCAACCUGUCACCCGUGAGACCAGAGGCUUCAUGAAGAUUCCAAGUGUGUCCGAAAUCGUCAGCUCCACCUCUUCCUCAGAUCAGACUUUGACCCUGGGAUGUGAAAUCACAGAUUUCCACCCUCCAAACAUAUCCGUCACCUGGCUGAAGCUCAGAGAGGGUGAGCAGGAUGACAGAGAGGAGGAGGUGAUAGAGGGAGGAGAGAUGUGGGGCCCCAUAUGGACUGAACCCAGACUCUACAGAGCCACAGCCACUCUGAAGAGAAGCACGACAAAUCAGGAGAAAAAGGAGAGGGGAGGAGGGAUUAUCUGUAGAGUGGAGCACUGUUCCCUACUCGAACCUAUUGAAAGACACUGGAGAAAUGUUGACAUUGUUGCUCCCUCCAUCCCCCAAUCGAUCUCAGUCUGUUGGAGCAGUGAAGGAGUCGGUGUGUUCUCUCUUCUGUUGAAGGGAGGUCACCCUAAAGUCAACUUAAUCUGGGCGGCGGGAGGACAGACUCUCUCGCCACUGGUGUCCGAUGAGACAGAGGAGAUAGGAGAUGAUGGACAGAGGGAGCUGAAAAGUGUGUGCGCCCUGGAGAAGUCCACAAGCCUGUCAAGUCAGACAAGCAAACAGCUGGAGAGACAGAAGAAUGGACACGCAAUAAAAACAAAAGCUGCAGUCACAGACCCUGACGCUGAAGGAAUAGAAUACAUCGAUGAAAAAGUGGAUGGAGAGAAUAACAACAACGAGGGGGAUGACGAAACAAAGUCAGAGGUGGAUGUGGACAGUGACAGAGAAAGCGAGGAGGACCGGGGUGCGCUGCACAUCAACAGAGUCAACCUGAGGAGGGGUGUCAGAGAAAAUCUGAGAGUGUGCGUGGAGAUCUCACACCCUGCACUCAAGCUUCCUGUUUACCGAACCUGGACAGAGCCCAGUGAGGAAAUUUCACCUACUGUAUGAAAGUCCUGAUGUGCACAGUUCCUCUCCAUUUCAUAUAUCCUAUAUAAUACAUCUAAUAUACUGUAUACCUCUAUAGUAAAUAUAAAGUAGUAGUCGAGUUUUAAGCACAUCCAGCUGACUGUGAUGUGAUCAACAAUUGUGCCUUUAUUUAUUACUUUUAAUCUUCUUUUUUUACUCCUCAUCCGUCAUCCAUUAAGGCCUACUUCUUUUUCAACUGCAUGAUUUUUUUUUACAAAUGCCCAUAUUUUUGUACAAAGAAUUUUACAAUAAUAAUCCAUUUCUGUGGAUUUCUUUUCUAAAUCUGCAUUGGAAAAUAAAAUCUAAAUCAAUUUCUUUGAAGAGCUGUUUCUUUGGAUUCUGUUUUUGUCGAUGAAAAUGCGUGCAAGGGAGAUACUGCUGUUCUCUUUUGCCCUUUCUUUUAAUAUCUGCUCUUGGUCAACCACUGAAAUGGGUUCUCAUUUCAAAAUGUACUUCUGUUUUUUUCUCUCCCUGCACUCACACCACAGAUGUAUCACUUCACUGUGCUAGUCAGAGGAGUUGCUGCAAUUAAGCUGUUGUUUAGUUUAGAACUUCCUCCUUUCUGAUUACUCAGUAAUGUUGUUUAUCAUGGCCGUGCAAUGUCGACACAACCCGCAUUUUAUUCCUGGUAUAUGAAAUCAAGUUUGUAUUGUUUGUCUCCUAGCAACUUUCGUACAUAUUGUUAUUUUUUUCCCUGAGCGUCACACACUAUGUUCUGUAAAUCACAUGGCCAAACCACACCAUACUCACAAUUGUGAACAUACAUUUGUAUGUACUGUAUAAUAUUGUGAAAGAUAAGUGAUUCAUAUGAUCUGAAAUUAAAUUACAAGCCAAAUAAAGACUCAAUAGUCAUGAUUC